AUGUCGAAGAUUGAAGAGGUAGACCCGCAUGUGAAAUCUUACCUAUAUGAUUUUGGUUAUCAUAGAUGGUCAAGAGUACAUGCAACAGUGAAUAGAACGUGGACAAUGACAUCAAAUAUUGCAGAGUCGUUGAACGCAUUAACAAAAGAUGCAAGAGAGCUGCUGAUAUUUGACCUUUUAGAGUAUAUGCGGACACUGCUAGAACGUUGGACCAAUGAGAAGUUAUUGAAGGCGAAGGGUACUUUCACAUUUUUUGGGGCCAAAUUCAACAAAGAAUUAGAUGACAACAGAACAUUAUCUCAGAAGCUUAGGGUGAGGGCUUCAACAGAUCAUAUACAUAUUGUGUUAGAUGGUGUGAAGCGGUACAUUGUGUGUCUAGAAAACAAGAAAUGUAGUUGUGGCCAAUUCCAACUUGAAGAACUUCAUGUGCGCAUGCUUUGGCAGCAUUAA